UAAACUUUUCCUCAUUACAGUUAAGUUCAAAAAUCAAUCAAAAAUGGAUUUCUAUUAUGUACCCGCUUCAGCACCAUGCCGUUCAGUUCUAAUGACUGCUAAAGCUCUUGGAAUUGAGUUAAAUAAGAAAACUUUGGACUUGCAAGCUGGUGACCAACUUAAGCCUGAGUUCAUUAAAAUAAAUCCUCAACACACCAUCCCAACGUUAGUUGAUAAUGGAUUUUCCAUUUGGGAGUCACGCGCAAUUUGCGUUUACCUAGUUGAGAAGUAUGGAAAAAGUGAUUCUUUAUACCCCACAUGUCCUAAAAAGCGUGCCGUUAUCAAUCAACGUUUGUACUUCGAUAUGGGUACUUUGUACAAAAGCUUUGCUGAUUAUUAUUAUCCACAAAUAAUGGCCAAAACUCCGGCUGACCCAGAAAAGUUUAAGCAAAUAGAGACUGCAUUUGGCUUUUUGAAUACAUUUUUGGAGGGUCAACAGUAUGUUGUAGGUGACAGUCUUACUGUGGCGGAUCUUGCUUUAUUGGCUACUGUUUCAACAUUCGAUAUAGCUCGUUUUGAUAUUAGCAAAUAUGCCAAUGUUGCUAAGUGGUACAAUAAUGCUAAGAGCGUUGCUCCUGGUUGGGAUGAGAACUGGGCUAGUUGUCAAGAAUUUAAGAAGUAUUUUGAUGGAUUACCUUAAGUUUAAUAGUUAUUAAAAGUAAAUAAAUGUAAGAAAUUUGCAUUUU